CAGCAUUUACGUCAUAAAAUUUAGAGGAGCACACACUUUUGCUUGAGAAAAAGAUUCAACGUUUGUAUUUGAAAAAUAUAUCGAUGUUUGUUAGGCCUACAUGCACGUCGCCACAAGAUGUGUGAAGCUUAGCGUAACCACUGAACAUUAUCGCCAGAUCAGAACGGAUUUCCACCUGAAUUUAUGACGUGAUUGGUAACCACGAACGGUGGUCAGCGAAGCGAACGAGCGGGUAUUUCUUUCAGUGACCGCACGGUGCAGUUUAGUUUCUCGCCCGCCACACAGACACCCGCCACACAGACACCCGCUGCACAGACACCCGCCACACAGACACCCGCCAUGCCUCCGAAGAAACCCGCGGCGAAGGCCGCCCCGAAACCAGCCGCUAAAGGGAAGACUACGACAGCCACGAAGAGCACGACGACAACCACGAAGAGCACGACGACAAAAGCAGACACCUCCAAAGCUAAGGAGGCCGCUGCAGUAGAUGAAAAAGAACCGGAAGUAACAGUCAUCAAAAUCAAACAGCUUGCUUCCGCCAUCAAAGAUCCUGAUGGAAAAAUGAAAGCAGCAAAGAAAUGGCCACUGUUGAUAGACAAGACUGAGAACGCAGGGACGUUCCUGCGAUACACGAAUUCCAACUACAUGCAAGCCAUAUCUCAGAAAGACAUGGCUCCCGAGACUUUACGCAAAGCUUUGAUUGGUGCUAUCAGGUACGGCAAGGCGUUGGUUGUAGACAUGAUGGAUUUCGACGGGUUUGAGAUUCUGCUAACGAGUUUGGAGGAGAUGGAGAAAGGACUGACAGACAAACUGAUGAACAGAAGCAUCAUGGACAACGAAUCAUACAUGAGUCUGGUGACUGACGACGACGGCGACGAGUACAAAGACUACAUGUUCUCCGACGACCUCAAGGACAGCUUCGUCUUCCUCAUCCUGACCAUCAAGGACCCGCCCAAUAUGCUAAUGAUGAGGAAGAUGUAUCCAAUGAGGAUCGAGAACUAAGGGUUUCACAUGGACAGCAGUAAUUAAUCAUAUAUUAUAAGACAUGUGAAUCCAACACCUUAUUUCAGAUGCAAUAAAACAGAUUGGUGAAUUGUACUGUAAAAAUACAUUUUACCAGACAUGUACGAAGGAAAAAGGAAAUAACUCAUAUUAAACAAUUGUUAGUAAAAACAAACAAAAAUUACGUUCACAGGACAAAGGUAAUAGUUACAUUAAGGUGUUAUUGUAUUUAUCUAAAAAAAAAACGAGAAACACUAUAAAAUCCGAUAAUUUGUAAUUUAAUUAUAUAUUUUUUCAAUACCUACACCAAUUUAACUGCGUUUUAAUCAAAUCAAGAUUAUAUACACCAAUUUAACAGAACAAUAGUAAUUUAAUUAGAACUUUUUAAUGUUUUCAGCUAUGAAAAUUGAUAUGUAUCAAUACGUAAUAGUGCAAGAGUUCAGACAAGGGACAUAACCGACAUUGCAUCCUUGUCAGUAAAUAUUAUAUUUGUGUAAUACGUGCUUUAUUGUCAUUAAAAUUGUCUUCGAAUUGUU